CCAGAAUAUCAGAGUAAAGUCAGUAACACGGUUCUUCUAUCUUAUAGGUAUAAUAAAGAAUGGAGGUGUGAAGCCUAAUAUCAUCCCUUCAUAUGCUGAACUGGAAUUUUAUUUGCGUGCCCCUUCAUUAAGGGAGCUCUCUAUCCUGACAGAAAAAGCUGAGAACUGUUUUAAAGCUGCAGCUCUGGCCACGGGAUGUGAAGUGGAACUAAAAGGUUGUGCAAAUGACUACUACAAUGUGCUUCCUAAUAAGAGCCUGGAGAAAGCCUACAUAGAGAAUGGCAAGAAGCUUGGCAUGGAUUUCAUUCCAGAUGAUAAUGUAAAUGGCCUGUCAGGUUCUACUGACUUUGGAAAUGUUUCCUUUGUGGUUCCUGGGAUUCAUCCUUACUUUUAUAUUGGCUCGGAUGCACUGAAUCAUACUGAGCAGUAUACAGCAGCUGCAGGGUCAGAAGAAGCUCAAUUCUAUGCCUUGCGGACAGCAAAAGCAUUAGCUAUGACUGCCUUGGAUGUCAUUUUCAAGCCAGACCUGUUAGAAAAAGUCAGAGAAGAUUUCAGAAUGGUGAAAUUGAAAGAAGAAGCCCUUCUACAUAUCCCUGAACAUGGGAAAGGGCCUAUCCUUGGCAUUGGAGCAGCAUGUGCAUCACAUUGAAAUAGUGCCACAUGUUGCAAAUUUAAAAUCACAAGAAGCUCUACAGUUUGUGUGAACUGAAUGCUUAAUAGCUGGAGAGAUGCUGACAUUUCAAAUGGUGCAACUGAAAACCUCAGUGUACUUUUACAAAAAAUUAUUGGUCUUAUCAUCUAGCUGUCUUAAUUUGGCAGAUAAAAUUAUAUAGUAAUCUGUAGUGCUUGAAAAUAUGCUUAAUGUCUGAGCAUUGCAGACUUUUUCAAGCUGAUUUUUGAAUUGCUUAUGUAAUUGUUUAAAAGGAGAGUUGGGCUGUCGCCAUAGUAACUAUGCUUUUGCCAUGAAAUAAUGAGAAAUGUUGCAUAUUUAACUUAGAAUAUGCAAAACCAAAUACAAUCAAUCAGGAAAAGGUAAUCGACUUGAUAAAUCUGUCUGCAUUUGAAAUGAGACUUUUGCAAAGAGAGGGAUACCAAAGGUUCUGUGAUGUUUUCAUAAUGUACCCAGAUCAUCCUUUUACAAAUGGUUUCCACUCUUACAAUGUCUCAUUCUUGCAAGUUGGAGCUCCAUUUCAACAUUUUUCCACUUUGAAUCCUUUAACUAUUUCUGAAAGACUAUCCUUGUAACCACUUCAUCUUGAACACGAGUAGACUCCUGAUCUCUUCUUCUGCACAUUUUUUAACCAUAUGUAUCCCUUAGUAAUUUUGCAUAUACAGUCACCCCUCCUUUCUUCAGGUCCGCAGUCUUGAAUAUUCACGGAGGGGUGACCUCCAUUAUUUUCAAUGGGCUGCGCCCCCAUGGCACACACCCCACAUGCGCUCGCAGGCACACGCCCCAUUCAAGCCUAUGGGGCUUCAAUAUAGGCAAGUCCAUUUUUGCGGGGGGGGGGGGGGGGAUAACGGAUCCCCUGCAAAAAUAGAAGGUCAACUACAUCAAAGAAAUCAACAUGUAUAAAAGUGAGCAAAUAAGCAUACCUCUUAAACUGAAAGCCCCAACAUUUUUUUUCUGUGGGAAAAAAUGUGAUAAAAGCAGUGGAUAAUCUCUCUUGUUAGAAACUAACUGAGAAAUUAAAGGAGUAGGUGUGAAAUAGUUGAGCCAGCACAGUGUAGUGGUUUGAGUGUUGAAUUAUGACUUUGGAGACUAGGGUUCAAAUCUCCACUCAGCCAUGAAAACUCACUGGGUGACUUUGGGCAAAUUACACUCUCUCAUCCUCAAGCGGAAGGCAAAGGCAAACUCGUCUAAAAAAAUUGGCUAGAAAAUCCCAUGUUAGGGUUGCCUUAGAGUUGCCAUAAGUCAGAAAUGACUUCAAGGCAUACAACUAGGUGGAGAAUGUUUAACCUUAAAGAUACUGUAUAGAAUCCAAACUCUUGUGCAAAUACAGUAUAGGGAACCUUCAAACUACAGUUUAAAAACUUAAUUUUUGAGUCUUUUGCUUUAUAGUGUAUAUUGUGAAAGAGAUAAUUUCAAAUUUAUAUUCUUUUAUAAAAUAGUUUAUUCUGUAAUUUGAUCAUUUUGGCCAUCACCUUCUAUCCAGUAUCCAGAAUGACAUACAUUGCUGAUACAUAUGAAUCUGGAAAGGGAGUGGAGAAGCCCAUGCAUGUUCCCAUCAGUAUCUUGGAUACCUCAUGAACAUAUUUAACAAGGAAAUUGUGCCAAACUGGUGUUAGCAUUUCGAGAAACCACCAUUAUGAUACUGUUAUUCUUUCUUUGCUUAUGACAUCCCAAACAUAAAGAGGAACAAAUGCACUGUUUGCAUAGCUCACAUUUUUCAAGUUAAGGAGGCCCAUUGAAGGUGUCUGCUUGAGGGCCUCGUUUGCCACCAUUGCACUUUUCCAUAUUAAUUCCAACUGUGGUUUUGUAAGAAGACUGCUCAAGCAGUGUCUUUUUACAUUUCUGCAAAAUGUAGAACAUUGCAGCUUGAUAUUUUUGAGAAUAUUCUGCUCAUCCAUGUCACUUAAUCCUUAACCAGUUUUCUAAGAUACUUGAGGUUUUCUGAUCUAAGCUAAGUGCAUCUCUAUACUAGUCUUCUGGUUAGCAUUACAGUUUGUAACAUAAUUUGCAUCAUUGUUUUGCUCUGUAAAAUGAUGAGAUGUUUUUUCUGAAGAACCUGUUUUAAAGUUUAUGGCCCUUUCAAAUAUAUAUAUUGUUAUAUUCCCAUGCAAAUUGGGUAAAAGUGACUCCCAAAGGAUAGUGCCGUAGAUCUUUUAAAAACUCAGAAGUUUGCAUUCUGAUGUCCAGAGACAGAGGGUGUUCAAUCUGAAGUUAUGCCGUCGACUAAAAAUCCAUAGACAAGGUACUUCUCUUAUUUCCAGGUACACACCUACUAUUUCUAGAUUAAGUUGUGGUGAAGUAUGUCAUAUUUCAUAAUAUGCUAACUCUAAAGAUCUAGUUGCUUCAUUAGGGAGUGUUGGUUUAAAGUAGCAGUUUUAUAUUGAGAUUCUCAAAGGAAGUACUUAUUCGCAUAGCUUUGUUGAACUUUGCAAGUUGCUUUCACAAGAUGUGGCAAGUGUCACCAACUUAGAUAGCUUUAAGAGAUGAUUAGACACAUUCGUGAAGAAUAAAAUUAGCUAUAGCUGUUAGUCAAGAAAGGUAUAUGAAAUUUCUCAGAUUCACUCUGACUACCAGUUCCUGAGGAGCUGGAAAGGAAGUCUGCUACUUCAAAUCCUGCUUGUGAGUUUUUCAGAAACCUCUGAUUGGCCACUCUGGACUGAUAAAAGUACUAUGGACGUCUUUUGGUUUUGGGUUACUAUUUGCAUGAAUACUAUGUGAUCAGAUGUCUUAAAUUGUUCUUUGGUUUCCUGUGUACUUAAACAAAAUGUGACAAUUCAGUUAUUACUGUGUUGUGAAGAAAAAUAGCUGCAACACAGUUUGUAUUCUAGACAGUAAACAUUUCCCCACUGAGUGGUUUAGACAGGUUUCUUAGAAAAAAUAAGAUACUUGAUAUUCUCCCCUGACUCAGUCCAAUAAAAAGUCUUGAAUCCACAUUCCAUUCCCUUCAAUAGCAAAACUUGGUUUUGAUGGAUAUAUUACACUUGCUGAGAUUAACAAAAUAGAUAAAGCAUUAACAAACUUAACAGGGCUUAAUGUAUUUGUAUUUCUGAUUGAAGCACCUAUGUUCACUUACGCAAAUGUAUAUACACUGACAAUAUUAUGCCAACGCUAGUCAUUAUAAAGACUUGUGUUGGACUAUUUUACUGCUACUUAACACUGUUUAGCGGAUACUGAAGACAAGGUGAAGGUGGUUGUUUUUUAAAAAAUAAUGAACUGUAGUGUUGAAUUUUUCUACAGUUUCUGAUGUCGAAAGAAGAGAAGCUUUUUUCUUUUUUUACUGCCCUCUGUUGUUUUCUUAAACACUGCUUUCCUGGUUUAUGCAAAAGCAGAAAUCACAUGCAAGUAAAUUGAUUUAUAUAACUAUGAAAAUUUAAUAUAUAUAACUGAAGAGAAGUAACGCUUAGUAAUUUGUUCUUUUAAGCUAAAAAAAAGAGGUCAUAAUUAACCUGGCCAAACUGUAUCUUCUUUAACCUUUUUUUAAAUGCCUUCAUCUCGUUAAAUAGAUUUUGCCUUAUGUUUAUCUUAUCAGCAAAUGAAAGGAGGCUCCGGAAGGCUGCUUCUCCCUUUGAAACAAAUGCAGGCAGGAAUAGGAAAUCAUCAGCAUCCACACUAGCCAAGACCAGAACCUCUUAAAACUCUUGUCAAGGUUCCCCAUCCAUAUAAGAAAGGUGAACUAAGAGUGGAAAUCAGUAUUUGUCAUACCUUGAAUAGACCCUCUGAAGUUAAUUGAAUUUGUUGGGCAUGACUAACUUGUGUCCCACUGGUUUUAUUGAAUCAACUCUGGAAAGGACUAACACUAGAUUUGAUUCCAUAUAUGUUAUUGAUGGCUAGAGGGAUUCUGCUUAGAUGAUCUAGGCAUGCAGUUUGUUACAUAAGCAAGGUGUAUGGAAGGUAGUAAAACAUACAUUUCUACCUUCCUGUAGAAUGGCUGACUGUCUCAAGGAGACCUCUUGCAGAUGACAACAGUUGCUUUUCCAGCUUCACAAAGCGUUAGACUGAAAGGUUCUAAAGCAGCAAAGGUUGGCCCAUUGGGUCUAAGUUGUAUUAAAAGCAAUUUAAGAGAAAAGAAUGUAUCUUAGAUUAGUGCUUCUUAUGCUACCUAAUUUUCUAAUGUGCCAGGGAACACUACCAUAUAUGUGUCCAAUCACUAUAACUGUUUCUUUCCUGAAAACCUGCCACAGACUGUCAUCAAAAGGCUUGCGAACCAGUAUUUUGACUAGCACUGCCUUAGAUGACAACUGCUAAAUCCUACAAUGAGCAAUAUUUUGAUUUUUUUUUUCUUAACAGUCACCUAGUUUGGGAGGAGAAUCCAACCAGAGAGGCAGGAUAUAAAUAAAAUAUUAUUAUUAUUAUCAUCAUCAUCAUCAUCUCCUGGAGCACAUCUUCUCAGACGUUUUUCUUAUAUGAACCAGAAUGUAAAAUUAGAUUUAGGGUGAAUUUCUGUAAUUGGCUAUGGGCAGACUUAUCCCUAAGUAAGACAAUCUAAUGAGUUUUCCUUAUGAGGCUUUAAAUAAAUUCAUUUUUAUUUGGAAAAUGGAUGUAAAUGCUUGAUUGUUAUUUGAUCAGUCAGAAAGAAGUCUCUGAUCUUGCAGUUUUCAUGAGAGAGGACAAAAUACCUAUCCCUCUUUUUUCUUAAUACAGCACAGUAGGUAAAAGAGAUUAAAACAAUCAUGCUGUAAGGAGGUUGCCAUGGUAAGGAUGGUAGUUGGAUGGAACAUUUACAUGGGUAAUAGUGUCUACAUGUUUUUGGCAUGAGGGCCAGAGAGAAUAUUCAAGGUAGUUCAGCCUUGGAGAUGCCCCUUAUUUGUAGGAGUAGAAAAGUGAGUAUUCAGUAGCUUUUGAUGGCUCAGGGUGUGUUUUCUGCUGAGGCAAAGAUGUCCUGUUAGUUUAUAUUAUGAACUUUGUAAUUUCUGAAUGUAUUGUCUAAUUUUUCAGAAUUCUGACAGCACACAAUUAUUUUAAUAACAUUCUGCUUUCGGUUUUCCAACCUCAGCCUUUCCAUCCAGUAUUUAUGCAAUGAUGUUAUAAUCCAGUAUGCAAAGGGAUCUUGUAGCAUUUUUAAGACUAACUGUGGGAAAGAAAUUGUAACGUAGGCUUUCGUAACACUUGGUCUGCUUCCUCUGAUGCAUGGAGCAUCUGAGAAAGUAAAACAAAUAUACAAAAGGUUAUACUGACACUCUUUCGGACAGUUAGUACCAAAGGUGCUACAUGAUUCCUUGCAUACUGAUAUUUCUGACUAACAUGGCUGCGUCUCUGAAUUCAUAUUCCAGUAUGGACAACCUUUUUGCAAAGAAAGCCAUAGGUUACAUUAAACACAUUGCAUUAAACAGAACUUGGAGAGAGUGCCGCUUCAGUCCACUUCAGUUUUGUCACAGUGCCUCUUUCCAUGUUUUAUACAACCUCAACUCAUACUAUACAGUGGUUUUGCCUCUCCACCACUGUGCCAUUUGCGUAUAUUCUAUAUACUGUGAAGUUCUUGAAUGUUAGAAUGUUGCUGUAAUGUGAAUGGAUGAAGAUCAGUGACAGUUUGGAAGCUUUCCUUAGUGCAGAUUCACAAUAAAAAGAUGUUUUAUUGAUUCAAGGACCCAGGAUAAACAUUUUUACAAUGUUACUCCUAAACUGCAAAUGUAUUGCAGUUGUAUAUCUGCUUCUUAGCAUCAUGGCUACUGUUGCUUUCCAAAAUCCUGUAUGUUCUUGAAUCUGUUAUAUUCAGUUUUGAAAAACAAAAAAAGUAGAGAAAGAGUGGUAAAAUGUGUAGUUUAAUGAUAGUUCAGUUUAAAAAAUAUAAUGGCUGAAAUAUGUACACAAAUGCAUUUCAAGUCUUGGAUGAUUUUUUUAAAAAAAUUCUGAAUGCUUAGCUUUGCAGGUGUAUUUUGUAGUGUUAUUUCACCUCCUUAUGAAAAUAUAGAUUUAUGGGUUAAAAUGGUUUCCUGUACCAUCUGUUAUACGGAUUUUUUAAUUUGAAUAAACACUUGAGUUACACUUCUGAAUUAUUGGUGUAAAGUACUUUGGCUAAGCAUUAUUUUUCUCCCCAUCUUUUUGGUGAGCCACAGCCGAUGGACUGUCAUUUUCAUUUUGUACACUCAGUUUUACUGGUAUGCUGUUUAUGAUUUAAUUUGCUGUUUACUGGUAUGCUGGAUUGUAAAAAAAAAUAAAACAGCUGGCUUGUA